UUCAUCAGCCCGUGGUCUCUACUCUCGUCUCCGUCACCAUCCUUUUCGAUCUCACUGAAGACACAACGGCUGCGAAUCGUUCUUCCUCUUCGUCGGGUCAAAUCGAUUUUCGAAGUGUUCUUCCAUCAAUUUCGCCUCUCAAUCUCACAAUUCUUCACAGAAGCUAUGUCUGAGGAGCUACCGAAGAGGCUUUUUAAGGAGGGCGAGGAGCCCCGAGUUACUCAGAUCAACAACAACUGCAGGAUCGACUACAUAAUCCGAAAGUUCCAAGCGUGGCUGCCAAAGGAGUUGGAUGUCGUGAAGAAAGACCCGGUUUUUCAUCAGAUUUUUAAGCUCCAUGAGAAUGGUCUUGGAUACUCUGCGAGGGUGAUACACAGCUUCUUGUGUAGGGAGCUGGUGACUUUCUUACAGCACGAGCUAUGGUUUGUCUUUGCGAGGAGACCGCUUCGAUUCUCAUUGCAAGAGUUCCACGCCGUAACCGGGUUUGAAUGCGAUACUCACAUUUCGAUUGAGGAGUUUGAAGAGUGGAAAUAUGAUGGUGGUUUCUGGAGCAAGGUUUUGAGGAGAAAAGAUGGAACAAUUACACUCUUCAACCUGUGGACUAAGGACAAGGAAGCUGUAAAGAAAUGGAAGAAUGCAGAUCGCAUACGUCUUAUCUACUUGGCGAUCAUUCUUUGUGUGGUAUUGGCGAGAGAUGAGAAGGCUAAUAUCCCCCUGAAGUACAUCGCGGUGGUCAUGGAUCUUGACAGAGUUCGAAGGUAUCCUUGGGGAGUUGCUGCUUAUGACCUUCUCUGCAAAUCCAUAGCCAAAAAUCGUUCCCAACUGAAGGAAAAGACCACUAGCUAUGUCUUGGAUGGCUUCUCAUACGCCUUGCAGAUUUGGGCAAUGGAAGCGGUGCCAAAAAUCGGGAAGCUUUGUGGAAAAAAGCUGGAUAAGGGUUUCAAGGACGGUCCUAGAUGCAUAAACUGGAUGGGAGCUGCGAAGGUGUCAUAUGAGGAGAUCAUUCGCUUGGAGGAGAUUAUUACACCCAAGGAUGACAUCUACCCAUACAUCUCAUGGACAGGAAAUUAUGAUGUUGUCAAAGCUCAGGCGUUUCGCAGAGAUGAUGAUGUGGAGGAUGACAGAAUCAAGGUUCUGAUGGAGAUGAUAAAGAAGGGGCAUGAUUUUAGUGAGCAUGUUUGGGAAACUGAAGAAAAUGAAGUGAUUUCUUUAUCUCUCGAUGACGAAUCAGCUGUGAAUGAUGAAGCAAGCGUGAAUGUUGAAGCAGCCGAGAGUGAUGACGACUUUCAGACUCCGAAAGGAUCAAAAAACGUUGGUUCUAGAUCAAAGAGGGGUAAAAAGAGGCUUCCCGAUCGUGGUAUGGAGAAGAGAAAGCAUAAGGUUCUCGCAAGUGGCGCAAAGCAAGCUCCUUUUAAUGAAGACAUGAAGGCUUUUAUGACACAGUUGUUUGAGCACAACUUCUCUGGAAUGGAACAAAGGAUACAGAAACAGAUGGCCGAGACAUUUGAGCAGAUGCGGACAGAGCUUAAACAAUCACGUAAGGAAGCCAGCGUUGAAGUUGAGCUUGGAGAGCCUUCACCGACAAAGCCAUCGACGAGCCAGGCACCGUUGAGGAGGUCCACACGCGGGGAUGGUUCCGAGACUACAUUCGAUGUGAAUUAUAGUGAAGCAGAUGAUUUGGGUCGCGGGAUAGGUACACAAGGGGUUGAAGGGCUUUCUCAGACGUCGUAUGUGCCAGGCUUUGAUCCAUCUCAGGACAAAAAAGAAGAAGACUGGUGGACUCCAAUGACUUCGGUCCGAGGUUCAGUGGAUAAUCCAGUAAAGAAAGAAAAGACAGAGAUGAAUACAGCUCCACCGCCGUCACAGUGGGAGAAAUGGUGCAAAAGAAAAGGUCAUGGACUUCAGCUUAGCGAUUCACCAUUGCCAGAAGAUGCUUCUCCGCAGGCGUCACUUUAUUAUAUCUCCGAAGAGUCAUGGAAAGGAUUCACGGAAUGGGCAUUAAAGCCUAUACCUUUAACAAUUGGUCCUACAUGCUUUAAUUUGUCUGUAGCUACAAGAGUAGUAAGUGCUGGAAAAUGGCUUGGAAACGAGGUAAUGAAUCUUGUACUAACCUUUAGUGAAUUUAUCUUCCUAACACUUCUUAUAUGCUAUAUUACUUAACUUUCAUUGUAAAUUUUUAGGAGAUGGAUGCGGUUAUGUUUAUAUGGCGUGUGAACACUACAUUGAAUCGUUGGGCCCCUCGGCGUGUUGCUUUCAUGAGUGCUAUGUUUUGCCUCCAAGUAGACGCUGCAUACAAGAAGUUUUUACCAAACAAAAAAGCCUAUCAAUUGCCUGAUUUCCUUCUUGGGUACGGCAGAGGAGAGCUUCCAUCUCAUGGGCGGACUGAUCUAGUUUGGGGUGUUGAUGUUGAUCGACUCUACUUUCCUCUGUUUGUAAAUGGUAACCAUUCAGUUCUUUUUACAUCCUAGUAUACAUUUCUUCGUUUACAAAUUUUUGUGGACACGAACGCAGGUAAUCACUGGGUUGGUGUCUGUGUAAACAUCAUUGAAAGAAAAGUAGAAGUCUUUGAUUGCGGUCGGGGAAAGAACAGACAGUACGUUGAGAAGUUUGCUGCUAUCAUUCCUAGGAUUGUGAAGUCCGUUGCACCACAAGAAAGACAGAAGCAGCUACUCCUCUCAUCAUAUUCUAUCGUGGAUGUGCCUAUGAAGUUGAGAUUGAAUAAAAGUUGUUGUGAUUGCGGUGCAUACGCUUUGAAGCACUUGGAAUGCUCGCUGCUUGGUCUUGACGUCAGUUUAGUGGAUGAUGAAAUCAUUAUGGGUUGUAGACAGAAGAUUGGAGUGGACUUAUGGGAGGCUGCACACGACCCCAUCUUUGCUGAGGUUAUGACACGAUAU